CGCCAUCAUGCGGACCUUCGCGGCUUGCCUGGUGUUCACACUCUGUGCGGUGUCCGCGACGUUCGCGGCUGACAAUCUGGAUCAUUAUUUUUCGUACAAAGAAUUCGACGCCUACUUCCGUGAGUGCGGUGAAUACUAUGAAGUGCCCAAUUGUACCCUAGAUGAAUACAUCGCCAACGCCUUCCCCAAUGAGCCGGAGGUUCAAAAACUGAUCCAUUGUACUAUGAUAAUCUUCAAGGGGUGGCAGGAUGGAUCCGGAGUUGUUGAGUAUGUCAUGUCCGACUUCUUCAACCCUGCUCCCGAAGACACCUGCUAUGCUGAUCGAACGCGAGAAUGUAUACAAAACUCACCAGCGCCAUGUGACACCAACACAACCCUAGCUUACAAAGCCUUCCAAUGCUACUACCGUCAGUACGGGAACCUCAACCAGAGUCGCCAGUUCAUGCCCUACACGUGCCGAGAAGUUCAGGUACUGUUCGAGACUUCGAUUGCGAUCGUGAACGUCCCCCGCUGCGAACUGAUCAACUACAGCAAUGGCCAAUUCUUGGAUCAACCGAACUUCGCCGAUGUGAUGUACGUGAUCUUCGUUCGGGGAGGUUUCUACGAUCUGAACCUAGGGCUUUCUCUACGCAAUCUCUACACCCAGUGCGGAAAGCCGGAGCUGUUGACUCCGGAAACACAGCAGUGCGUGGAUGCAGCUACCGCCGCAUGGGAUGGCCAAAAACGGAAGGAUUUGAUCUACGCCAUCUUUGUGAACUGCCUGCAGAAGACCAUAACAUUUGCGCAGGAACUUCAGGUCGUGGCGACUUCGUUGGUGACGGGUCAACCGUCACCGUGCCCACCACCAACAACACCACCACCACCAUCACCCUGCACUACCAGUCCUCCUCCGCCCAGUACGGUUCCACCAUGCUACAAUGUUUAAAACUGGUAUGCGACCAAAUGAUGCGCAAAUUGUUAGCGGGUCAUCAUUCGAAAAUUGUUUGUCAAAAUAAAUGCCAUCGAUUGUGUUAACUUAAUAGAAUAUGCUUUGAGCAUUUUUUUGAAGAAGAAUAUUACAAGAUGAGA